CACUGUCAUUUAUAAAAUUCAGUUCACGAUUCACAAAUCACAGAUUUGCAGCUUGAGCUAGCAUUCUGUUGUUUGUAAGUGAUUUUGCUGUGAAAUCAAAAGGUUUAGUAAAUUAUUGGAUAGAUUGGAAAAAAGUUGUGUAUUAUAGAAAGUAGAAAACUACAAUAAAUACAUUAAAAAGUAUGUCGAGUGAUACAGCAAAGAAUUUCUCUAACUUAGAAACCCCAGGAUAUGUUGGGUUUGCAAAUUUACCCAACCAAGUGCAUAGGAAGUCAGUUAAAAAGGGUUUUGAAUUCACCCUCAUGGUAGUGGGAGAAAGUGGUCUGGGGAAAUCCACUCUAGUCAACUCACUGUUUUUGACUGACUUGUAUCCAGAAAGAGUUAUCCCAGAUGCAACAGAAAAGUUAAACCAGACCGUGAAGCUAGAUGCAUCUACAGUUGAGAUUGAAGAGAGGGGCGUGAAAUUGCGCUUGACUGUCGUCGAUACUCCUGGAUAUGGAGAUGCCAUUGACAACACUGACUGUUUUAAGUCGAUUAUACAAUACAUUGACGAGCAAUUUGAGAGAUUCCUGCGUGACGAGAGCGGCCUCAACCGGCGGAACAUCGUCGACAAUAGGAUUCACUGCUGCUUUUACUUCAUAUCUCCCUUUGGACAUGGUCUGAAGCCGUUGGAUAUUGAAUUCAUGAAGCAAUUGCAUAAUAAAGUAAACAUCGUACCAGUCAUCGCCAAAGCUGAUUGUCUCACUAAAAAAGAAGUGCAGAGACUCAAGUCAAGGGUUAUGGAAGAAAUAGAGAGAGAAGGUAUCAAAAUCUACCCACUGCCAGACUGUGACAGUGAUGAGGAUGAAGAUUAUAAAGAACAAGUGCGGCAGCUGAAGGCGGCGGUGCCGUUCGCGGUGUGCGGCGCGGGGCAGCAGCUGGAGGUGCGCGGGCGGCGCGUGCGCGGCCGCCUCUACCCGUGGGGCGUCGUCGAGGUCGAGAACCCGGACCACUGCGACUUCAUCAAGCUGCGGACCAUGCUCAUCACUCACAUGCAAGACUUGCAAGAGGUGACACAAGAGGUGCACUACGAGAACUAUCGCUCCGAGAGGCUCGCUAGAAACGGACAAGUGCCUAAACGACACACAUCUACGGAGAGCGGCCUGAGCGAGGAUUCUAACGGCCUGGCCAAUGGCGCAAAUGAGGAUUCAUCUGAACGCGAGAAAGUACUUCGCGAAAAGGAGGCCGAACUGCGCCGCAUGCAGGAGAUGCUGGAGCAGAUGCAGCGGCAGAUGCAGCUGCAGGCCGCCGCCAACACCACAUCCGCAUAGUGCUUGCUUCACGCACAGUUGGAUAACAGCACGGCGGUCCAACUGCUCGAUUCGUGUGACGUCGUCAAUUCAAUACUACGCGCCAUCCCGUACUGCGUAACUUCCACUUAAACAGAGAUUAAUAUAGAAAUUGUUCUAGAAACUUCGUUGUCUAAGAUACGAAUAACAUAAAUGUUAUAAAAAUAGGUUCCUGAUAGAAACAUUUAUGCACAGUUGUGUUUAUUUCCGUAUUCAUAAAUGUAUUAUUUUACAUAUUUUAAUUAUAAUUAUAUUAUAAAACGACAAUGCAUAGUAUGAUCUUAUAAUCUAUAUUUAGUAUUAAUUAUGUUAAUGGAGAAUUAUUUUAUUCUACAUAGUUCUAAGGGCACGCAAUUUGUUUUGUAAUGCAAUGUUUGUCGAGUGUUAAAUUUAUAAGAACUUGGACUUUGACAUUAAUUCCUGAAAUUGAGACUUUGUUCAUAGAAAUAAUUUUAGAUAGAGAAUAUAGUUUUGGACCGGUGAAUUUUUGCUGCUGUUAUGUGUGUAAAUGCCUACUUCAAAUAAUAUAUAUCUACCUUUUCAGAAAUCAAACUUAUAUAACUGCAACUCAUAUGUCAAAAUAUAGAUAAUGUCAUUUUUUUUUAGUUUAUGUCACACAAUGGCAGCAAUUAUUUACCUUCCUCUAUGAUUUACCAGGAACUAGCAGAUAAUUAGCACAAUCGCUAAUCGCAUAAUAAAAUCAUUGUGACUCGCUUUUCGCAAAACUAACUAGUAAUAGAUAUAAUAUUGCUAUAUCUGUAUUAUCCUUGAAUAUGUGAAGCACUCGUGAUAAUUCUCAUUUAAUUAAGUAGUUUUUCUCAUUUUUUUUGUGCCAUCUGUUCUGAAACUUAUCAGUAUCAUGACAUUUUUAUAUUAUAGUUUAUAUCUUACUUAUAAAAUUAUUCGAAUUACAAGUAUUAUUUUCAUUUUUUUGUCUGACGAUAAAGUAAUCUCGUUGAGUGUGAAUAAUAGAAGAAAAUUCUAAGUCUGAAAUAAAUUACGUGUUAAAUUAGUAUUCUGAAUUCAAUAGGAUUUUAGAAAGUGUUAUAAUAGUACUUAAAAUGUAGAGAAAUAAUAUUAAAGCAUAGAAUACGGCAUUUUCUGAUUUUCCAACUUGUCUUCAAUUUGAUAACCGUAUUGUCAUAUUCCUCCUAAUAAAAUUUACUCGUUA